AUGAUAUUUAUUCUGAUAACCGCUCUCUUUAAAUUUGCAAUUGCGAACGAACCGCUGCCCGCCAACUCAGUCAAUAUUGAUCCGAACACGGUUUUUGUCAUUUUUGGCGCAAGGCACGGCAAUCGAAAUCCCGAUGAGUUUUUGCCGAAUGUGACCCGGAAAUGGGGUCAAGAAGGGUCGCUUGAGUUGACUUCGAUCGGAAAACGACAAUCAUACGCGAUGGGCGUUGAACUACGCGCAUUCAUUGGAAAUUUGAGCGCCAAAAAUUACAAUGCAUCCGAAGUCAAAUAUUAUUCGAGUUCGGCCAAUCGGUGCCAGAUGACACUUCAGGCAGCACUUGCUGGCCUUCAUCCACCGGAGGAUUGGAGUGUGUGGAUUAUUCAAUAG